AGGCUGCAUCAUAAAUGUUAGUGAGCCAGUAAGAAAACAUGGAGUGGGUUUUUUAUCAAUUUGAAAUAAUUCAACAAUAAAAAUGAUUACUUAUAAAUAAUGCAUCAAGUGCUAAAUGUUCACAAUCCGUUUGCAAUGUCCUGCAACUUUUCCGGCCCUUAUAAAGAGUUCCUUCAAUAUUAAUAGAAUAAGAUUCCAGCAGUGUUUAUUUCAGACCGCUGACGGUGCUGAGAGACUUGGGCUCCAGAGAUGCAUGUAAAUACGCUAACUUGCUCCUCUUCCUCUCAUCUCCCCACUCACCAGGUAAGAACAUCCUUGGGGAUGAAUUUCCGGAUCCUCUCCAUGAGUCCAGUGCUCUGGUUCUCACAGCUCACUUCCCUGGAUUCAUCUCCGGACUGUUUCGGAGCCAUGUCAUAUGCACGUGAUGGCGACAUGACUCCUGCUGUACAUUUCGGGGCAGGUUGCUAUGACCUAAUCUCCAGCCAGCUGGAGCGCAACGUCUCGCGAGAUUCCGCGAGGUGAUAAGUUGAAGAAACAUGGCGACUUCGAAUUUGUUAAAGAACAAGGGGUCCCUGCAGUUUGAGGACAAGUGGGACCUGAUGCGACCCAUCGCUCUCAAGCUGCUCAGACAAGAGACCGUCACCAAGCAACAGUGGUUCGACUUGUUCUCAGAUGUCCAUGCUGUGUGUCUAUGGGAUGAUAAAGGACCCGCCAAGAUCCACCAAGCCCUCAAAGAAGACAUACUAGACUUCAUCAAACAAGCACAGACUCGUGUGCUGAGCCACCAGGAUGAUACGGCGCUGCUAAAAGCUUACAUUGUCGAGUGGAGGAAGUUCUUCACCCAGUGCGACAUCCUGCCCAAACCCUUUUGUCAGUUGGAGAUCACGCUCAUGGGCAAACAGGGCAGCAACAAGAAAGCGAACAUGGAGGACAGCAUCGUACGCAAGCUGAUGCUGGACACGUGGAACGAGUCAAUCUUUUCCAACAUCAAGAGUCGCCUACAGGACAGCGCCAUGAAGCUGGUCCAUGCCGAGAGGCUGGGGGAGGCCUUUGACUCCCAGCUGGUGAUAGGAGUACGAGAGUCGUACGUGAACCUGUGUUCUAACCCCGAGGACAAGCUGCAAAUCUACAGGGAUAACUUUGAGAAAGCCUACCUCGACUCCACGGAGAGGUUCUACAGAACACAGGCACCGUCCUAUCUGCAACAAAACGGCGUCCAGAACUACAUGAAAUAUGCAGACGCGAAGUUGAGAGAAGAGGAGAAGAGAGCACUUAGAUAUCUAGAGACACGUCGUGAAUGUAACUCUGUUCAAGCACUUAUGGAAUGUUGUGUGAACGCUCUGGUGACCUCGUUCAAGGAGACCAUCUUAGCUGAAUGUCCGGGGAUGAUCAAACGCAACGAGACAGACAAGCUGCAACUCAUGUUUUCGCUGAUGGACAAGGUUCCCAGCGGGAUCGAGCCAAUGCUGAAAGACCUGGAAGAACACAUCGUCUACGCUGGACUGGCAGACAUGGUGGCUGCUGCCGAGACUAUCACUAGUGAUUCUGAGAAGUACGUGGAGCAGCUGCUGACUUUGUUCAACCGCUUCAGUAAACUGGUAAAGGAGGCGUUCCAGGACGACCCUCGCUUCCUCACAGCAAGAGAUAAGGCUUACAAAGCCGUUGUCAAUGAUGCCACAAUCUUCAAGCUGGAGCUGCCUCUGAAACAGAAAGGUGUGGGUAUGAAGACUCAGCCGGAGUCAAAGUGUCCAGAGCUGCUGGCAAACUACUGUGACAUGCUGCUGAGGAAAACUCCCCUCAGCAAGAAACUCACCUCAGAGGAAAUCGAGCUCAAACUCAAAGAAGUGCUCUUAGUGUUGAAGUACGUCCAGAAUAAAGACGUGUUCAUGCGCUACCACAAAGCUCACCUGACCAGGCGCCUGAUACUGGACAUUUCAGCAGACAGCGAGAUUGAAGAGAACAUGGUGGAGUGGCUGAGAGAAGUCGGGAUGCCUGCAGAUUAUGUGAACAAGCUGGCCAGGAUGUUCCAGGACAUCAAAGUGUCAGAGGACCUCAAUCAGGUCUUCAAAGAGAUGCACAAACACCACAGGCUGACCCUGCCAGCGGACAGCGUGAACAUUAAGAUCCUGAACGCCGGCGCUUGGUCACGAAGCAGUGAGAAGGUUUUUGUCUCGCUGCCCACAGAGCUGGAGGAUCUGAUCCCUGAGGUGGAGGACUUCUACAAGAGGAACCACAGCGGUCGCAAACUCCACUGGCAUCACCUCAUGUCCAACGGCAUUAUCACGUUUAAAAACGAGGUAGGCCAGUACGACCUGGAGGUGACGACAUUCCAGCUCGCCGUGUUGUUCGCCUGGAACCAGAGACCCAGAGAGAGGAUCAGCUUUGAUAACCUCAAACUGGCCACCGAGCUGCCUGACGCAGAGCUACGCCGCACACUCUGGUCCCUGGUUGCCUUCCCCAAGCUGAAGAGACAGGUGUUGUCUUACGACCCUCCGGUAAACUCGCCCAAAGACUUCACAGACAGCACGCUCUUCUACGUCAACCAGGAGUUCUCCCUCAUCAAAAACUCUAAAGUCCAGAAGCGGGGAAAGAUCAAUCUGAUUGGUCGACUGCAGCUGACCACUGAGCGAAUGAGAGAGGAGGAGAACGAAGGAAUCGUUCAGCUCAGAAUUCUUCGAACUCAGGAGGCCAUCAUCCAGAUCAUGAAGAUGAGGAAGAGGAUCAGCAACGCCCAGCUGCAGACUGAGCUGGUGGAGAUCCUGAAGAACAUGUUCCUGCCACAGAAGAAGAUGAUUAAGGAGCAGAUCGAGUGGCUCAUCGAACACAAGUACAUAAAGAGGGAAGAGGCGGACAUCAACACCUUCAUCUACAUGGCCUAGGCAGCAAUGGAGGCAUGCUCAGUUUUUUCACUCCUGGCCUGUGACCGGCGCUUUAGAAACCUGCAAGAAGAGAUGGGGCGAGGACCUGUUUGUAGAAAAGGCGUGGGGCGGUGAUGAAGAGGACGUUUGUUGAAGGACAAGAAGGAGCCUUUUUUUUAUGUGUUUGUGAGAAGCCAGUGUGUUAUCGGGAGUGUCAUUUUAGGGCCCUGCCGCCCUCUAGUGUCCGGUAAGAGGAGAGGGACAACGGUGUGCGCCGUCUGCAAGCGGUUCAGAGGGAAAUAAAUAUUGACACUGAAAUUAAAUACUUCCUGCCUUACUUUGAUCAGCAGUGGACUGCAGAGAAAAGAGGGGGGAGCAGUGAGGAGGGAGAGGAGGACAAAUGCUAAAAUCAAUCCUUUGCUUUCACUUGAUGCCAUAGCUGUCGUCAUAUAGAGGCAGCCAUUUUGCAUCCCUCCUAUUAUCCACAUUGGUCUUAUGUUUGAACAGGGAAUGCAACAAGCCACGAGUGAAAGCUGCCAUUGAGGAGGAGGAGUGGACAUGGAUGAAGAGACUAGUUCAACCUACCGAGGAGUAUUUUGCCAAAUUGUGUCUGUGUGCGUGUGUGUCUGUGUCUAUGUAUGUAUGUAUGUUUGGGGUUUGGGUGCAUGGUGUGUCUUUUAAGUGUGUAUGUGUGUGCACUUUCAACAGCAUGCUGCUCUAUGAUGUUUUUUUAAUUUUUGUUCAGUGGAGGAUCUGUCACAUUUUGAUUUAAUUUUUCACGCGUCUGAAAUAUGGAUGGGAGGAUUAACCCUGCAGAAAACGGUCAACCCACUCUACAUCCGGAGCCCUGUUUUGUUAUCUGUUAUCUCAAAUAGAGACCUCAUUGUACUUGCACAUGUCGACAUUAUUCACAAGCUCUCUCCACCAGAGAGCAGCGACAAAGGUUCUGUGAAAUCAUUACACAUCUUUUAAAUUAUUACAAACAAUAACAUUGUGAAUCAACGUAGGCAGCUGAUGUGGGAGGUUAGAGGGGGAUGGAUUCCUGGAGGAGAGUCUAAAAUCAAGAUGAGGUCUGUCCCUGUAUCCUUUAGCAGUUUUUCUUUCAAAUUGAAACCAUUAAUAUUUAACAAAAAUUUGAAAAUACACUCUGACACUGUGGGAUCAUAAUUAGUUCAUGACUCAUCUCAAUUA